UUCAGGAGACGGGGCGGGGGGAGUGCUUCCCCCACCGAUAAUUAUUUCUAUUGCUUCCCUCCCCGUCCUUGUCACCACAUCACCACCACUAUCCGCGGCCUUCCCAAACAAUCCGGGAUGGAAAUUGACAGAAAUGAUGAGCAGAAAUGAAGCGAAAAUGCAUGGAAACGCACCCAUUUCCUUGUUUCAAUUUUAGCACGAAACAGAAAUCAAACUGGCGUAUUUAUAUACAAGAAAUUUUAUCUUCAUUGCCCUUUAACCAAAUUAUAGCGAAAGAAAAAAACAAACAGGGAUUAGAAAGGGGUGGUGCUGCUGUGUGCAUCUUUUCCUCCCGUGUUCAGAAAAAGACUUACAUCUUUCCCUGUAAAUGAUACAGCUAAUUGUGUAGGAAAAUGUUGGAUUUGAAUGUUCAAAAGAUGUCCGCCGAAUGUUCAUCCAAGCAGAACCAUUUGCUUUUUGAGGAAGAUUUUGGAGCCAACUUUAGAAAAGUACAAGGAAAGAAUAAGAAAAUAUCGAGGGCACUCAAAGCACCGUGCCCACAUGAACAUGAAGCAGAUGCAACUUGUGUUCUACGGACAGAAGAAAAUACAAAACCAUUGCCUGUGCCCGAUGACAGAGGGGUGAAGGGACAAAGCCUGUCAUAUCAUUUCGAGCAUCAACAGGCGCAACGCCAGAGUGCAGAGUUGGGGUGCAAUGCGAAGGUGUGUUCAACUAGUGGCAAGGCAGCCAGGCCAUUAGGAUGUGUGGCUUUGUUGAUAGACCAAUGAGAUUAAACCGUUCUGCAUAUUACUUCUUAUAAGAUACCUCGAUUUUAUGUCAGCAAGAUUGUGAAUGUAAAUCACAUGUUUGAGUCAGGCAACUGACUAUUAAACAAUCUGAAUUGUAAUUUGGGGAAAGGGGUAAGAUAUGAACACAAUUAGCUAAGGUAGGGCUUGGAUUGUAAAUGGAUAUUAAUUUGUGUAUAUUUUAGUUUAAUACAAUAUUGAAUAAAUU